UGUAUUUUUGGGAUCGGGCGGGUUACUUUUUGAUUGGAUUUGUAAAACCCUAUUUUUGCAACAGGGGAAAUGGAGGUGGUGGAAAUGGAGGGCCAAAGAUUCAAAAUUCCUCUGUCUCCAUUGAGCCCGCGAACCAGGUUCGAAUGGUCGAAGAAUUGAGUCACUCAAAUUUGAUCCUUUGUAAUUGAAUAAGGGAUCAGUAAUGGAGUGCAACAGAGAUGAAGCCACGAGGGCCAAAGAAAUUGCAGAAAGGAAAUUCACAGCCAGAGAUAUGGAGGGUGCCAAGAAAUUCGCUCUCAAAGCCCACCAAUUAUACCCUAAUUUAGAUGGAAUCACCCAGAUGCUAUCCACCUUUGAUGUGUACCUUGCAGCUGAGAAGAAAGUAAAUGGAGAAAUGGACUGGUAUUCAAUUCUGUGUGUGAGCUCGUCAGCUGACGAUGAAUCUGUGAAGAAACAGUAUCGCAAAUUAGCCCUAAUUCUCCAUCCCGACAAGAACAAAUCUAUAGGAGCUGAUGGGGCUUUCAAACUUCUUUCAGAGGCUUGGUCUGUGUUAUCAGAUAAGGGUAGGAGAGCACAAUAUGACAUGAAAAGGAAUUCCAGUGUUAAGGUGGUUCUUCCUCAAAAGACUGCGCAGAACUCUAAGCCAAGUCCUCAACCUGAAGUUCCUAAUGGUUUCUAUAAUUUCACUACCAAUGCUUCCUCUAAUGUCAGGCCUCAAACCUCAAAUGUUAGGGCUAAAAAAUCGGCCGCUCGUUCAGUUAACCAACCACCACCUAAACAACCUCCUCCUAACCCUCCACCUCGCCAAGCGAAGCCUGGCACAUUUUGGACAUCUUGCAAUAGGUGCAAAAUGCAAUAUGAAUAUCUAAGAUGUUAUGUCAACCACAAUCUAUUGUGCCCAAAUUGUCACGAACCAUUCUUGGCUGUAGAGAUUGGAACAGUUCCUUCAAAUGGGUCUAAUUCUAACAUGUCAUGGUCGUUCUCUCACCAACGGGGCCAAGACCAUCAUCAGUCAGGGAAACAAGGUCCAUCUCUUACUGGAAGACAUGGGUUCCCAUCUAAUCCAGCCGUUGAUUCUUUGCAUAAUGUGAAUUUUCAGUGGGGUCCUUUUUCAAGGGCAGCUGGUGUAGCGAGUGCCAAUGCUUCAUCGUCGGCUGCUGCUGCUGCUGUUAAUAUGGUUCAGCAUACAUAUGAUAAAGUAAGGAGGGAGAGAGAGGAGGCACAGGCAGCAGCGAGGAGUGAGGAAAUAAGGAGGAAGGUUUCAGGGAAGCGGGGUGUUGGUGCUGAAAGUUGUCAGGAGAGAGAAGUAGGGGAUAGACCUGCAAAGAAAAGGAGUAUUGAUGGUGAAGAAGCAGUUGUUAAUAAUAUAAAUGGUGGGCUGGGUGCUGAUAUUGUAUCUGGUUUUGGGGUAAACAGUGUUCAUAGGUACUUUGGGGUCAAAUCGAAUGUACAUGAAAGCGAAAGGGCUAAUGGUACAUACAAGGAAUUCUUUAAUGGGAUGGACCAAGAUGCAAAUAAGGCUUACAGAGCAAUCCCAAAGCCCAGUACUGGUGCAUUCAGGGAGUUGUCUGUGCAUGAAAAUCGUAACUUAUUAAUGGACAAGGCAAGGUCAGAUAUUCAAAAGAAGUUACAAGAGUGGAACAUGAAGGCUAGAGCUUCCAAAGAAGAGAAGGUCACCCUGAAGGUUGUGAGUGGUUCAUCCCAUCAGCUUAAAUCCAAUGGGCCAAAGAGAGAGAAGAAACAGGCAACAAAAGUAAAGGCUUCUUCUAAUGCCCCAAAUGAUGUUUUAGACCCUGAGCAACCAGAACCAGUGACUAUUAGUGUUAUCGACCCCGAUUUCCAUGACUUCGACAAUGAUCGCUCAGAAAAAUGUUUUGAGGAAAAUCAAGUGUGGGCUGCUUAUGAUGAUGAUGAUGGGAUGCCUCGCUAUUAUGCCAUGAUCCAAAAGGUUCUCUCACUGAACCCUUUCAAGAUGAGGAUCAGUUGGCUCAAUUCUAAAUCUAAUGCUGAGCUUGGCCCCAUAAAUUGGGUUGGCUCCGGUUUUACCAAGACAUGUGGGGACUUCAGGGUGGGUAGAUACGAAUUAAACAAGUCGGUUAAUGUAUUCUCUCACAUGGUUAAGUGGGAGAAAGGCUUGAGAGGGGUCAUCAGAAUUGUACCAAGAAAAAGCGAAGUUUGGGCUCUCUAUAGGAACUGGUCUAAGGACUGGAAUGAAUCUACCCCAGAUGAAGUGAUAUACAAGUAUGACAUGGUAGAGGUCCUCGAUGAUUAUUUAGAGGAGGUUGGGCUUACUGUGGCCCCUCUGCUCAAGGUGGUUGGGUUUAAGACUGUUUUCUACAGGAACAUGGACCCUGAUUCUGUUCAAAAGAUCCCAAGAGAAGAGAUGUUUCGGUUCUCCCAUCAGGUUCCUUCUUGGGUGCUUAGAGAGGGAGAAGCUGAAAAUGCACCGAAGGGUUGUCGGGAGCUCGACCCAGCAGCGACACCAUCUGAACUCCUUCAAGUAAUAUUAAAUGCUAAGAUAGAAGAGAAGACAGAGGCCAUAGAACAGUAAUGGCAUGGGUGAGAGGAUCACGAAUUGGGUGAUUCAAAGAUGAAAAGACUCUGGGAGAAGAAUUGUUGAAAUGAAGGGAAACAACUUUUGCUUAAUCUUGAGAUUUUGAUGGAAGUGAUGAUUGGGGACUGAGCAACUUCUCAUGCAGUUAAUUUUGGACAGUGCCCACAUUGCCUAACUUCAAUUUUGGUUGCAAUACGGAUAUACACUACACUGAUUUUAUUAGGGCUUUGAUGGAUGAUGGUUGGAACGAGGAAUAUGAUCGGGAAUUUGAGAAGAUUGCUUUAUGAUGGGCCGCAUUAUAGGUAUGCAAGCGUCUAGUUUAAGCAUGAGGUCUAUGAUGUAAUGGUUUAUCCAAAGUCAUUGUUCCUCAUGGGCGAAAGGCCUGUUUUCAACUUCUUCUAAAUUCUCUGCAUUUUCCAUGCGAGGUUUAUUAUGUCAAUUUUUGGGCAGCCAAAUUUUUUUUUGCUCAUGUAUCCUUAUAGUGCUUUAAGUUGUGCAGUUUCUUCUUCCUUUCCUUUUUCUUUUUCGUGUUAUCUUCUGGACAAGAACUUCAAGGCCUUCCUAUUGAAAGUAUUUUAGUGGAUUCUAAUUUGCAUUA